AUGCCGAUUUCUUCGGGCUUCGGAAGUGCGGCUCUAGAAGUGCCUGGUUUUGAGAGACAACGACGAUCAUUGCCUAACCUUGGCAUUCCAGAGCAUCUUAGAGACUCUCCUUAUCUCGAGCCGCUGCCAGUUGUCAAAUCAAUUUCAAAUAAACAUCUUUACUCCCUUGCUCAUCCGAGAAAAAUGAAAGGCUCAAAGGAAUCGUCAAGAAUCAGAACUCCGAAUUCAACUUCGACUUCGAUGAACAUGAGCAUUCCAGAUUUCCUCAUAAAUGAUUCAUACGAUCCUCAUUUCGUUAAUACACUUGGAAACAGACUCAACUCCGUGAAUAUUAUUUCUGGGGCCGAUUCUCAAAAGAAAAAGUCAAAAUGGUCGCCAGAGAAAAAGAAAAUGCUUUGGCUGUGGUUACUUCUUGCUUGGCUGGUGAUUUUGGGCGCGGUUUUGGGAGUUCUUCUUUGGUACUUCAUCUCCGGUCCAGGGUCCGAUUCUCCCGAAAAUUGCCCGCUUUCGAUCUGCCGCUACGGAGCGCUUUCUUGUCAAACUACAGUGAGUUCUGCUACUUGCACCUGUCGAGAACCCGCUUGGAUUGACGGAACAGAAACUGACCCUUUUCUGUUUACCUGCUCAAAGCGAACUUUUACAAACUGUACAGAAAAUCAGCCUGUAGGAGACUGUACUGCAAUUGACUUGUAA